CCCGGAAAUUAUUCUGGUCCAGCAGGUCACUUGGAGUUUUUGCACGGAGCUUUCUUUCUGUUGUCACUGCCAGCUGUUUUGCUGUGUUUCUUAUCGAAUAAGUGUAAAAUCGUAUUUUAUUUGCAAACCAGUGUUUUUGUGACAAGCCGUGCUGAUGCUUAAUACUUAAUGGAAUCAAGACACCUUCUGGAAUUUCGUGGCGAAGGAAGUGCAAAUAUAAAAUGUGUAGGAAGGAUCUGUAGAUCUGUAGAUGUUGGUUUUAAAUAAUGGUUAUGUUUCCUUGAUCUUCUCCAGAGAAAAAAAAAUCGCACCGCUGUGUAUGGAAUUAUUUCACCCGGCUACCACAUCUUGUCCAGACACGCACGGUUCAUGGUGUAUGUUGGAUCUUUGCUAAAACGAGACUGAUGGCUGUACAGAGGACUCUUGACUGGGACAAUACUUAAACUUGAUAUCAUGAGAAUAAUGCUUCUGUGGUUGAUUUGGGAACCGACCUUUGGGAUUUUUUCUCGAGGAGAAAUAACAAACUACAAAGCUGCUGCUGAGCCUGAAUGCAAUUCGAUUGAUACUAAUUUUUAUUCGAUUAAUGGCGAUGAUACUUUGGGUUACAGUAAGGUUAAUUAUAAAAGGUCAUCCAUGGAUGGAUGGAAUUUAACUUCCCAAAAGUUAAUAGACUCUUUCCCACUUGAUUCUAUCAAACAAAAUUAUGUACGUCAAGUAAGAGAUUGUAUUUUUUCUGCGAUUCAGCCAACACCCUUCAAGUCUGCGGUUACACUGGCAGCAGUAUCAAAGGAAGUUGUGGAAGACCUUUUGGACUUGGAUGUGUCCAUAACAAAGACCAAGGAGUUUAUACAAUUUGUUAGUGGUGCCAAAGUUCUGCCUGGAUCUAUCUCUCUAGCUCAUAGAUAUGGUGGUCAUCAGUUUGGUGUUUGGUCUGGUCAACUAGGAGAUGGACGAGCUCAUUUACUUGGAGCGUAUGUCAACAGGCAUGGUACAAGAUGGGAGCUCCAACUAAAAGGCUCUGGGAAGACUCCUUACUCUCGGGAUGGUGAUGGCCGUGCUGUUCUCCGUUCGUCAUUAAGAGAAUUUCUUUGCAGCGAGGCCUUGAAUUAUCUUGAAAUCCCAACCAGCAGAGCUGCCAGUCUUGUUAUAAGCAACGAUGUCGUGAAAAGGGAUAAUUUCUACAAUGGAAAUGUGAAGAAUGAAAAAGGUGCAAUAGUGCUACGUGUUGCUAAAUCAUGGUUUCGCUUUGGAUCAUUGGAAAUUCUAGCUUAUUCUGGAGAGAUUGAAUUGUUAAGGAAACUGGUGGAUUUUGUUAUUGAGCAACAUUUUCCUUUGAUAAAUGCAACGGGUUCAAACAAGUAUCUGGAAUUUUUCUCUCAGGUUGUUACUGAUACUUCAUAUCUCAUUGCACGUUGGAUGUCUGUAGGAUUUGCACACGGUGUGUGUAAUACAGAUAAUUUCAGUAUAAUCUCUAUUACUAUAGAUUAUGGUCCAUUUGGUUUCAUGGAUUACUAUGAUUCAAAUUUUGUGCCAAAUACAUCGGAUGAUGAAGGCCGGUACAAGAUAGGGAACCAAGCCAAUGUUGGAAGAUAUAAUCUUGAUAAAUUGAAGAAAGCUUUAAAUCCUUUAUUGGAGCCUCAGCAGCAAUUGUUAGCAGAACAAAUAUUGAAAGGAUAUCCUGGCCUUUAUCAGGCAAAAUUCUUGGAAUUAUUUAAAGCUAAAUUGGGCUUGUCUGGACUUGAUGAUAGUGAUGACUACUUGAUUGCAUUCUUGAUGAAGUUGAUGGAGGAUACAAGAGCAGAUUUCACAAUGACAUUCCGCCAGCUCAGUGAAAUUUACAAGCAAGAUCUUGAGGUGAAGAAUAUUUCUAAGGAAUACUGGGCACUUCAAGACCUUGCAAAACACAAGAAAUUCUCGCACUGGAUUAAUCUGUAUUUGUUAAGAUUGAAAAGCAAUACAAUUGAGUCAGAUGAUGCUCGCAGAAUCAGAAUGCAAAGUGUCAAUCCAAGGUAUAUCUUUCGCAACUGGAUGGCUGAGUCAGCAAUCAAAAAAGCUGAGAGGAAUGAUUUCUCUGAGAUUCAUCUUCUGCAAAAGAUUUUACGCCGUCCGUUCACAAAGCAGGCAGAAGCAGAAGAAGCAGGAUAUUCUUCCCGUCCUCCCCCAUGGGCUAAAGACCUUCGUGUCAGCUGUUCCUCUUGAUGGGGGAAAGUAGAUUGUAACGGUAUCAAUAAGUGCUAAUGGUACACCAACAGGACUUUAAUGUUUUUUCCGGGUUUAUUAUUUAAUAAAAUUGACUGCUUUUUA